CGGUGACUCACUCUUCUUCCAUCUUCUUCUCCUCCUCCCCCUUCUUCACUCUCCAGCAAAAACAAUACUUGCACAAACAAGUAAACCCCCAACUCAUCUCUCAUGGCUACCAACAACCAAAACAACAACCAACAAGCUCAACUAAUAAAUCUCCAAAAACUCCCUCAUCUCUCUCACCACACACAAAAUCUCGAAUCUCUCCCAAACCCUCUCCAAACCAAUUCAUUCUACCACCCCAACCAAGACUUCUACAUCUCAGAUUCCGACGUCAUCCUCACCCCCAUUGCUUUCGAUCUCUCCUCCCCUGUUUCCUUCCUCGCGUACCACCGGGCCGGACCUCGCACGCGGGUCAUUUUCCAGCCGAACCGGGUUCGAGCCGCGAUUGUCACCUGUGGUGGCCUCUGUCCCGGUCUCAAUACUGUGAUUCGAGAGCUUGUGGUUGGAUUGUGGAAUAUGUACGGGGUUCGGGAUAUUUUCGGGGUGAAGUCUGGUUACAGGGGGUUUUAUUCGGGUGAGGAGCCGCUAAGGCUUGAUCCGAAACUGGUGCAUAAUUGGCACAAGAGAGGGGGGACUGCUCUCGAGACGUCUAGGGGAGGGUUUGAUCUUCACAGGAUUGUGGAUGCCAUUCAGAAUCGAGGCUACAAUCAGGUUUACAUCAUUGGAGGAGAUGGCACAAUGCGAGGGGCAGUGAAGAUAUUUGAUGAAAUAACUCGUAGGAAACUAAACAUUGGAAUUACUGUACUCCCGAAAACAGUUGAUAAUGAUGUAGGUAUCAUCGAUAGAUCAUUCGGGUUCCAGACAGCAGUGGAGAUGGCCCAACAAGCUAUCAGUGCAGCGCAUGUUGAAGCCGAGAGUGCAGUAAAUGGCAUAGGCCUGGUGAAGCUGAUGGGUCGUAGCACAGGUCACAUUGCUCUAUUUUCAACUCUGAGUAGCCGUGAUGUGGACUGCUGUUUAAUUCCUGAAAACGAAUUUUAUUUGGAAGGUAAAGGAGGUUUAUUCGAUUUCCUUGACAAUCGACUUAAAGAGAACAGUCAUGCAGUUCUUGUAGUAGCGGAGGGAGCUGGGCAGGCUUUAAUACCUAGAACUGAUGCCGAGAAAGAAGAGAAGGAUGAAUCUGGUAAUCCAGUUUUCCUAGAUGUUGGUGUGUGGCUGAAGUCGGAAUUGAAGAAGUGGUGGAAUCGGGAUCAUCCUGGGGAGUUAUUUACAGUGAAGUACAUAGAUCCAACGUACAUGAUACGCGCUGUAACUGCAAAUGCAACCGACAAUCUGUACUGUACCCUGCUUGCCAAUGCAGCAAUCCAUGGAAUGAUGGCAGGUUACACAGGGUUUGUCACUGGCCCCAUCCAUGGGAAUUAUGCAUAUAUUCCGUUAGAUGUGGUAGCGAAAGCCAAGAACGAAGUAGACACCAAGGACCAUAAAUGGGCAUGGGUGAGAUCUGUAACCAAUCAGCCCGAUUUUGCAAGAAACUAGAGAUCCAGAUUCCGUGCUUGGUCUUCUAGUGGCUCACAAAGAAAUAAAGAACCUUAGUUUCUACUAGUUCAUUUGAUGUCAGUGGUCAUUUGAUCCUAGCAUUGUUGAGGCUGCUAGUAUAAUUCAGUAGAAUGUUUUCUGUAACAAUUGGAGUAAAGUUUGUUGACUAGCGGAUUCGAGAUCAGCUGAGAUUAUAUGAGAAAAUUUACUGUGAUAAAAAUGUGAA